CGCGGCGCCCAUUCAUGAUCCAGCGCGCGGGGCCGGUGCCCGGUAAAGCGGAGCCGGUGCCCGGUGAAGCGGCGCCGGUGCCGCCGCCGCCGUCAUGGAGACAUCGGGGCAUCUGCACGAUUCGGGCGUGGGGGACCUGGAGGAGGACGGCCGGUGUCCCUGCCCCUUACCGGGGGAUGAGCGGCCGCCGCCUCCCGCCGCGCUGCCGCCGCUCCAGCACAGCCUGUUGCACUCCUCGCCCGGGUCGCUGCGGGCCCCUCCUCCUCCUCCCGCCGCCCCCGCCGCCCUCCACCCUUCCUCCCGCCACGGCAGCCAGCUCAACCUCGGCGACCACCCGGCGGGCUCCGGGGCGGCGAGCGGCAAACACCGGCAGCCCAGCCCGCUGGUGCACCGGCGGGACAGCAACCCCUUCACCGAGAUCGCCAUGAGCUCCUGCAAGUACAGCGGCGGCGUGAUGAAGCCCCUCAGCAGGCUCAGCGCAUCCCGGCGGAACCUCAUCGAGGCCGAGCCGGAGGCGCAGCCCCUGCAGCUCUUCGGCGCUGGCGGACCCCCCGAGAUCGUCGUCUCACGCGAGGACAACCACGCGCCCGCCGCCCGCUGCCCCAGCCGCCCGCCGGCUCACCCGGCCCCCGCCACCUUUGCCAAGGGGCCCAAGCGCAAGGCACAGAACAUCGGCUACCGGCUGGGGCACCGCCGGGCGCUCUUCGAGAAGAGGAAGCGCCUCAGCGACUACGCGCUCAUCUUCGGCAUGUUCGGCAUCGUCGUCAUGGUCAUCGAGACCGAGCUCUCCUGGGGGCUCUACUCCAAGGACUCCAUGUUCUCCCUGGCCCUAAAAUGUCUUAUCAGCCUCUCCACCAUCAUCCUGCUGGGCCUCAUCAUCGCCUACCACACGCGGGAGGUGCAGCUCUUUGUGAUCGACAACGGCGCUGACGACUGGCGGAUAGCGAUGACGUAUGAGCGCAUCCUCUACAUCAGCCUGGAGAUGCUGGUUUGUGCCAUUCACCCCAUCCCCGGGGAGUACAAAUUUUUCUGGACAGCCCGCCUGGCUUUCUCCUACACGCCUUCUCGGGCAGAGGCAGAUGUGGACAUCAUCCUGUCCAUCCCCAUGUUCCUGCGCCUCUACCUGAUCGCUCGGGUGAUGCUGCUGCACAGCAAGCUCUUCACCGACGCCUCCUCGCGCAGCAUUGGAGCGCUCAACAAGAUCAACUUCAACACCCGCUUCGUCAUGAAGACUCUUAUGACCAUCUGCCCCGGGACGGUGCUGCUGGUCUUCAGCAUUUCCCUCUGGAUCAUCGCCGCGUGGACGGUCCGGGUGUGCGAGAGGUACCAUGACCAGCAGGACGUAACCAGCAACUUCCUGGGUGCCAUGUGGCUCAUCUCCAUCACCUUCCUCUCCAUCGGCUAUGGUGACAUGGUCCCACACACCUACUGCGGGAAGGGUGUCUGUCUGCUCACUGGCAUCAUGGGUGCCGGCUGCACGGCACUGGUGGUGGCCGUGGUGGCCAGGAAGCUGGAGCUCACCAAAGCUGAGAAGCACGUCCACAACUUCAUGAUGGACACGCAGCUGACGAAGCGGAUCAAGAACGCAGCGGCCAACGUCCUGCGGGAAACGUGGCUCAUCUAUAAGCACACCAAGCUGCUGAAGAAGAUCGACCACGCCAAAGUCAGGAAGCACCAGAGGAAGUUCCUACAAGCCAUUCACCAGUUGCGGAGCGUGAAGAUGGAGCAGCGGAAGCUCAGUGACCAAGCCAACACCCUGGUCGACCUCUCAAAGAUGCAGAACGUGAUGUACGACCUCAUCACGGAGCUCAACGACCGCAGUGAGGACCUGGAGAAGCAGAUCAGCAGCCUGGAGUCCAAGCUGGAGCAGCUCAGCACCAGCUUCAACUCCCUGCCCCUGCUGAUGGCCGACAUGCUGCGCCAGCAGCAGCAGCGCCUGCUCGCCGCCGUGCUGGAGGCGCGGGGGGUCAGCGUGCCCGUGGGCACCCCCCAAACUCCUCUGUCCGAGAGCCCCAUCGGGGUCAGCUCCACCUCCUUCCCCACCCCUUACACAAGCUCAAGCAGCUGCUAAAGCGCAGCCCCUGGGUCCCGCCAUGGACAGGGGCAGCGUCUCCGCGCAGGUCCCGAGCUCUCCAUGGAUUUCCUUCUGGUCCUCGAGCCGCCGCAGGACCCCUUCGGCCGGAGCCGGUGGGACCAGCGGUGCCGAGCGCCGCUCGGAGCUUUGCCAACGCCUUGGUAUCGGGAACCACAUCCCCGUUCAGGUGCCUCUACACGUGGUGAAGGAAGGGGACGGGAGGCGAUGCCUCGGGCGAGCCCGCGCCGCGGAGGCCGGUGGCGGACGGAAAACCCACGCUCAAUCUCAGGUCUUCACAUAUGAAAACGGAACAAAACAGCGAGUCAGCAGCACUGAAGCAACGGAGACACCAGAGGGAAGAGUUUUCCUCCCCUGCCCCUCUCACCGUCGCAAAGCAGAUGCCCACACGGUGGUUUCUUGCCCAGGCUCUGACCCACGCUCCAUCCCAUCUCCUUACCUGGACCCGCAGGAAUCCCCCCUUGCAUUCUUGGGUGGGUGACAGUGGCCAUAACCUGCCGUGGGCUUCUCUGGAGCUGUGAGUGUGUUCGUCCCGGGCAGAACAAGGGAUGCUUCUCCCUUCUGCUCCUCACUGGAGAUGUGCCGGAGCCGGGAAAGCGGUGCCUAACGCACGUGCGGAUGCGGGGCCGGGCAGGGGCUGGCAGGCCAGCCCGGGCACCACGGGGGGCUCCGGUGCUCACCUCGCUGCCCACCCCCAGCAUUCCAGGAAGCCAACGGGCUCUUUGCUGGAUGAGAAACCCCAUCAGCACCGGGUGCGCUGGGGCCGAGCCGGGGCGCGCUGGCGAGGGAUGCAGUGGUGGGGAAGGUGCUUCAUCUGUUUAAAACCAGCCCAUUGUCGCCUCCGUGCUGCUGCUGCUGGGUUUGGUGGGGAUGGGCAGCACCAUCCGGUGCCAUCCACGUGGGUACUUCUGGAACCAGCCCUUUUCUGUUCUGCUUUCCCCAUUUCCCCCCUUUUCUUCCCCGGUUCUGCCCCGGGGCUGUGCUGGGCUCUGCCUGCGCCCUGUGUGGAGCCCGGCAGCAGCUCCGGGGCUGCUCUUUGCUGCUUUCAAUGAAAACCCAGCAGAGGCUAUUUCUAUAUUUUUAAACAGAUGAAGGAACCUGUAAUUACUCCCCGAUAUUAAUUACAGCUCAGCCGGCAGUGUCAGUAAUUGUAAUCAAAGUCACUGUGUUACUCCAGGUAUACUCAGCCUGUAAUCUCCUUUGUAACUCUUUCCCUCCCAUAAAUAACGCUGUGUUUUGUGCACACGGAGGCAUGGAUGGAUGAGCCUGAUGCCGAGGAAGAGGAGGAGGAAGGUUGCCAGCCUUUUCCCAUCCUCGGCCGGCAGGAGAUACCCAGCUUCUGGGAAUGAGCUGCUCUUCCAAGCUCUUGUCAUUAGUGUAAUUGCAGGGUGGGCAGAGGCUGGGAUGCCUUUGGCAGCCCCCCCAGCUCUAUUCUUAGCUCUGCUGCUGCUCCCCAUGUGCUGCAGGUGACCCUCAGCCCGAGCUGGCUUCUCUGUAGGGAGGAUUCCAGCAUGGCAAUGGAGAGAAGGUUCAUUCUCAAUGGGGAAUGAGCUGACGUGCAGGAUCUGUGCUGGAGGAAAGCGCUUCCGUUCCUCUGCUGGGGUGCGAGUAGGAACGAGCUGCAGUGGGGCUGCGUGGGGCGAGGAGCGGAGCUGUGCCCGGGGCACCAGAGCCAGAGGAAGGAUUGAUGCUCGAGGAUCGAUGUCGCAGCGGGAACCUCCUCACAGGCUAAUGAUUGAGUCUGGGAAAUGAAACCAAGACAAGACGAGGCACUGGCAGCUGCUGGGACCUGAGGUGCGGGGAGGACCAGUGGGGAGAGCUUCAGGAGCGCAACUGCUGCAAGAGAGCCUUGUCCUGGGGCAGAGUGGUGGGAUCUCACCAGGGAUGGCAGGAGCUGGGCAGGGAUCUCUGCACCCACACAGCCUCCAUCCCACCCCCUGCAUCCCACCCCCUGCAUCUCACCCUGCAUCUCACCCCCUGCAUCUCACCCUGCAUCCCACCCCCUGCAUCUCACCCUGCAUCUCACCCCCUGCAUCUCACCCUGCAUCCCACCCCCUGCAUCUCACCCUGCAUCUCACCCCCUGCAUCCCACCCCCUGCAUCUCACCCUGCAUCUCACCCCCUGCAUCUCACCCCCUGCAUCUCCCACUGCCUCUUCCCUCCUGCAUCUCCCCCCCUGCAUCCAUGCACCCUGCAGCCCCCAUCCCACCCCGUGUUGCACCUUCACUCCUGCCUGUGCCUCAGCACUGGUGCCGGCAGCCCUGACCCAUCACCAGGCUCACCGGGCUCCACAGAGGGAAACCCCUCCCCAUAACCCCGAGGCCACAGUGAGGGCCAGUGUGGGGAGAUGGGGGCACCCCCAGUCUCCCCCCAGCAUGGUCCAGCCCACAGCAUCCCGCAGGUACCUGCAGCCUCGGUGCAGCCCCAGGGAGCUGGAGCUGGAGCUGCCCUUCCUGGCAGGGCUCUGGCAAAGGGCUCUGGUAAAUGCUGUCUCUACACCUGAGAACGUUGUUUUGGAGCUGGGAGCCCCGAAAGGGCAUCGGAACAAGUGAAGAGCUGGGACCAGCAGCCGAGCUGGAGGAAAAGCACAAGAACAAACCCACAACGUCAGAACCCCAAAGCGAUGCCACCAACCGCAGCCGGGACGCACCCAAGCUUGGAACCCCUCCAGGACCCCCCCAGCCACAACCUGCCUCUGGUUUUCCCUUUGCUCCAAGAGCCCCGAGGAGGAAACCCCCGAGGAACACCGGCCAAACACCACGUCCUCUGCAAAGCCACAGCCUGCAGGAGCUUCGCCCUGGUCCGCGUCUCGCCUCUGCGCCGCUCGCUUCUUUUUUAACACUAGGGGAAAGUACAAUAGUUUAUUUUACCUAUGAAAUAUAUUGCUAUCUUAGAGAGGUUCUUGUAACUUUCCAUCCUGGUUUUGUACCCUACGCGGUGGGCAGCGGCAGCAAUGCCAGCCCGCUGCCAAAGUGUCUGUUUCUGAGUACAGCCGCUGCUCCUGGUGCUCCCGAGGCUCCCCGUGCUCCUCAUCCUUUACCCCCCCAGCUCUUCAUUCCCAUUACCUGGAAGCUGGCCUUUAACAGGGCCGGAGCCAUGUAGCCCGAUGGCACCAGAGCUUUGCUGCUCCCUAGGGAAAGGUCUGCUCCCAUUUUUUGCCUGGGGUCCCAGCACUUUCUGGAAAGCCAUUGCCCCCCCUCCCUCCCCCCCCAGGCAAUCUCCUCCGGCUGAAAGAGGGACUCAUCUUCCUGGGCACAGCCACAAUUCCCCCUUUCCCUAAAGGAUGGAGGUUGUCCUGGCGUGGAGCGCGCUGCUUCCCUCCUCCAGCCAGGCUCCCGCACCUUUUGGCUUUAGAUGAGCUUUAAGGUCCCUUCAACCCAACCCAGGCUGAGGUUCCUCGAGCCUCAGAGUGCGUCUCUUCCUUACCUCAAGCCCCUGAGCUGCUGGACCUGAUCCCCAUUGGAUCAACAUCUGUGGACAAACAAUGUUCCUUUGCAGCCCUGAUGCUCCUUCCCGGCCUGUUCUCCCGCAUGGAGCGGGACCAGGCAGCACCUAUGGGACCAAUUCCAGAGGAAGCCCCCCCCCAGUGGCUGCUCCUCCCUGAGUCGCAGUCCCUGUGUGCUCUCCUUGUUGUCACUGUUAUGACUGUGCUGGCCUGACCCUGCCAGGCCAUUUAAACCCAGUAGGGCCAAGUCCCAGCAGCAAUGGUGCCAUGAGCUCCGGUGGCUCCUUGCUGGCCCCAAAAUCCCCUCGCAGAAAGGAGCUGGUUCUGCUGCCUGGGCUGUUCCUGCCCCACAUAUUCGCCUCCACUUGUGGGGCGGUUGUUGGAGGGCGAUGGUUGAGACCGGCUUGGGGGUUUCUAGCUCUGCCGGAGGAGAGGGGCUGGUUCCCCCUGAGGGCAGAGCUGAGGCUCCCCUGCUGCCUCUGGGGACCCUUAGGUGCUCAUCCCUCUGUACCAUUCGGUACGGCAUCUCCCAGCCUGCGAUGGCACCAGGUAGGUUUGCUGGGGAUGAAGGUGAUCCCUCAGCACAGGGAAGAUGCUGCUGCAAGCACCUGAGCUCCCUCCCAAAGGCACCCAGCGGGCUCAGGGUGGCCAAGACCUGGGCUUGUGCAGGGGAAGGGAAAACCUACUCCAUGGGAUUAGCUAUUUCCCAGUGGGAUGAGCCACCUCGGAGCCCUGUGGGGCACCGGGCAGGGCUCUGGGCUCCAGCACCGUGUGCCCAGUGGGUGCUCUCAGCCAGGGGUUCUUAGCACCCAGCUCUGCUCCUCCUUCUGCCCAAAGUGUUCUUCCCCCCGCUGGGGUCUUGGCAUUCCCAACCCGCCGAUGCCUUCCCAGCGGGAGCUGCUUGCGUGUCUUUGUGGUCGGGGGCUUACAUCCCUCCUCCUGGUCCAACCUCUGAGCCAGGGGCAGGGAGCAGGGACUGGCCCUUGCCCACAGCAUCGCCAUAAACCCAAGCUGUACCCAGAAACAGGCAUGUUUUAAACUAUGGCUUUAACCUGUUCACUGUAAAAAGUGCCUUGGACUUUAAUCUGAAGAGGUCAGUAUCUAUAAAUAUUUACCUGUGCGGGUGUGUAAGUA